AUGAAAGUCACAAUCAAAAACAUUAAUAAAGAAAUUUAUGUUUUUGAAGUAAAUGGAGAUUUAACUGUAGCAGAAUUAAAAAAUUUAAUUAGUGAAAAACAUAAUCAAACUCCAUCAUGGCAAACAUUAAUUUAUAGUGGAAAGAUUUUAGAAGAUAAACGUACACUCGAAUCAUAUAAUAUUACUGAUUCAGGAUUUAUUGUUAUGAUGAUUAAAAAACCAAGAGAAGCACCAGCAACCACACCAGCACCAUCAACUACACCAGCACCAUCAACUACAUCAGCACCAACCACCACCACUACUGCAGAACCAACCCCAACCACUUCCUCAACUAAUAAUACAUCAACUACAACUCCAACUUCAGUCCCAACACCAACCAACAAUACACCAGCCACACCAAAUCCAACCCCAACCACUUCCUCAACACCAGGUUCAACCUCUACAACUUCACCACAACAAUCCUCUGAUUUCGCCACCGGCACUGAAUUAGAAGCCACAAUUAAAAAUAUUACAGAUAUGGGUUUUGCAAGAGAUCAAGUUUUAAGAGCACUCAGACUUACCUUUAACAAUGCUGAACGUGCUAUUGAAUAUUUAGUUAGUGGAAAUAUUCCAGCUGCAAAUGAUCCAGAAGAUGAAGAAGAAAUGGAAGGUGGUGGUGGUAGUGGUGAUAAUCCAUUCGAAGCUUUAAGAAAUCAUCCACACUUCAACUUACUUCGUGAAGCCAUCUCCAAAAAUCCAAGCAUUAUCCCAGGAAUCUUACAACAAUUAGCUCAAACCAAUCCAGCCCUCGUUAGACAAAUCCAAGAAAAUCCAAAUGAAUUUAUUCGUCUCUUCCAAGGUGAUGGUAACCCAGGUGGCAAUCCAGGUCAAUUUACUCUUCAAGUCACUCAAGAAGAAUCUGAAGCAAUUCAAAGAUUACAAGCCUUAACAGGUAUGGAUAAAUCAACAGUUAUUGAAGCUUAUUUUGCAUGUGACAAGAAUGAAGAACUCACAGCUUCUUAUCUUUUUGAAACUGCUGACGAUGAAUAA